GUUCUCUCACAUCAUGGCCGUCGAAACCUUCCGCAAGACCACCACCGUACGCGGUAGCGCUCAGAGGGAUCCCCCACCAGUACCGGUGCCAAGAGUUUCCAAAGAAUCGCACUUCCGAGGAGUGCGUAAGCGUCCGUGGGGCCGGUUUGCGGCGGAGAUUCGCGAUCCAUGGAAGAAGACUCGGCGCUGGCUUGGCACCUUCGACACUGCGGAAGAAGCCGCCCGAGCCUACGAUGAGGCGGCCAGAAGCCUCCGCGGACCAAAAGCAAAAACUAACUUCGGCUACGGAGGCAUCGCCAGCAUCAACACCGCGUCUCCGCCUUCGCCUCCUUCGGCGGCUAAACAAGUUCCAGCUUCCAAUCCGAAGGACCUUCCGCAUUGGUGGUCGGUGGAAUUAUAUGGUUCCCAUCGGAGUUUUUUAGUUUCUGGUGAGGCUUCGGUGGCAAGUGUACCGGCUUGUUCUGAGUAUGCUGGAUAUAAGCUAGAUACUGUAGGAAUGGCAAUGAACGAGCAAGACAAGAAGAUCAGGAGUGAAAAAAAGCCCUUUCUGUUCGAUCUGAAUCUGCCGGCCCCUCUCUUCUGACCUUUGGCCACGUAUUCUGUUUUUGAUUUUGGUGGUGAACUCGACGGAAUGUCGCCGGAGGAGAAGAGUAAUAGUAUUCAGCGUUCGAUGGCAGGGAAUUUUUUUGAAUCUCUUUUCCAGUUUUACCCUCGUGGUUAGUUAUAUUUACCUCUUUGUACAGCUUAUCAGUGGUCUAUCAAGAUGCUUUUUGGACUUUUCGGAGCGAGCCUGUGUUAACACGGGUGUUUUGCCAUUGACUCGGUGGUGACUCAUGUUGCAGUCAGAUAAUUAUUAUCAUUACUCAAAAGAUUUCCU